AAGCUUCAUAGAGCAGCUUGCGAGUGAGAUAGUUUAUUCCUGUUCUUUGCUUUGGUCAUCUGAUCCAUGUCCUAUUCUCUUACGCCUCCUUUAAGCUUCAUGGAGCGGCAUGCGAGUGCGAUGGUUUAUUCCUGCUCUUUGCUUUGGUCAUCUGAUCCAUGUCCUAUUCUAA